CGCCGUCGUCGUUGCGCGACGUCGCCUUCGUCACAGGCAGCCGGCUCUCGGGCACGGGGCUCCGACCGUGCUGGGCCCGUAGGGUGGAGGGCGUCCGGUGACUAAGCAGCGACGCAGCGGGGGCGAGGGUGGCAGUCGUGCCGGGCACGCGGGCGGGGUAGGAGGGGUGCAACGAACCCUCUCGCCUCGGCUCGAGUCUACGGAGCACGGAGUUGUGCUCGAAUCAUGGCGACACCCGACCCCGUAGACCCGGCCACCCUAGAGAUUAAGACCCGUAGCAUAGAACAGACACUGCUCCCGCUAGUCAAGCAGAUUUCCACAUUAAUUUCGCACAGAGAACGGCCGCUAUGUUCGGACCGGAGUCUACGAGCGGUCGCCAGAGUCGGCCAGGCGGUAAAUUUGGCGGUCGAGAGAUUCGUGACCGUCGGCGAAACUAUCGCGGACGACAAUCCGGAGAUCAAGCAGGACAUGUACGAAGCGUGCAAGGAAGCGAGGGUUGCCGGCUCAGCGAUCGAGAAAUUAUGUGAAUGUGCCUUGGAGGACAGCCUGGCUGACCGAGGCUCCGUCGUGAGAGCUGCCAGAUGUCUCCUAGGUUCAGUGACGAAAGUCCUCCUCCUGGCGGACAUCGUCGUGGUCAAUCAACUACUCCUCGCUAAAGAUAAGGUCGCCCGCAGCCUCGGCCGACUCGAGAGCGUCUCGAAUUUUACCGAAUUCGUUAAGGCGUUCAGCCAAUUCGGCGGGGAGAUGGUCGAAUUGGCGCAUUUAACGGGUGAUCGUCAGAAUGAUCUCAAAGACGAAAGGCGUCGCGCACAAAUGGCAGCGGCUCGUCAAGUGCUAGAGAGGAGCACCAUGAUGUUGCUCACGUCCAGCAAGACGUGCUUGAGGCAUCCUGAAUGUCCAUCCGCGAAGGAAAACCGCGACACCGUUUUUUGCCAAAUGAGAAGAGCAAUGGAUCUGAUACAUUAUGUCGUCAAGGACGGCGUGUUGGAAUGCAGCGAAUCUCAAUCCUAUUCAAAUUCGCAGAGUCCACAGCAGGAAGACUGGGACAGUAGUACCGUUUGCUCGGCAUUGAAACAUUUCGAAAGGCUCGUUGAAACAACGAGGAUGACCCUGCUGGGACCGGGUUGCCGGGAGACACUUACAUCGGCGAUCGAGACGGUGGUCGAGAGAACGCAAGACUUCACCGAUAGCGCCUAUACGAGCCACGAGCACAGAGAGAACAUUCUUCUGCUCUGUGAUCGCGCGAAACUCGAGCUCAACACACUUUUGCGGAUCGGUAAUAGUAUGAAUUACGAGGGCGGCGGGGGUUCACCCAGCUCGGAAAUGGAACAAGCGGUGAUGGGUGUGUUACGAGCGACCAGAGAUCUUCGUCAGCAGCUCAGCGCGACGACGAUGGAGCAGGCUGGCGAUCUUGGCCAAGUGACAAAAGCCGGCCAGGAACUCGUGUCAACUAUCAGAAAUCUCGCGUUGGCCAAUGACAUCGACCGUCUGCAGGAUAGCAGCGACAGGUUCCAGGAGUAUAUCGACCACAUUCUCGAAGUAUGCAAACUUCUGCGACACAUUGCACUUUCGGAAUCGUUGCAAGUAUCGGCCAAGUUCAUGGAGAUCAACUUAAAAAUAUACGGUCCUCAAGUCGUAACGGCUGCGCAUACACUAGCUAGGUAUCCCAACAGUAAGAUAGCCAAGGAAAAUCUUGAAGUAUUCACUGACAUGUGGCAGUGGCUCAUAAGCGACGUAACGACAGUGGCGAAAGAUGUUCUGGAACUCAGUCAAAAUCGGCCGGAGAAGCAAGUUUACAUGUCCUUGCCGCGGCCAGGAAAACACGGCACGACAAGUAAGCCGCUGAAACCGGUACGAUUGGACAGCGAGGAGCAAGCAAAGAUCGCUAAGGCGGGUCUCGAGAUGAAACUGAUUACGUCGGAGAUGGACGCCGAGACGGAGAAAUGGCAGGAGAGCGGCAGUGCGCUGGAGGAGAACAACGACAUUGUGAAGCGUGCAAAGAACAUGUCGUCUAUGGCGUUCUCGAUGUACCAGUUCACGCGGGGCGAGGGCGCCCUGAAGACCACCCAGGACCUAUUCACCCAAGCUGAGUAUUUCGCCGAGGAGGCGAACAGAUUGUACAAGGUUGUGAGACAAUUCAGUUACCAGGUACCGGGUGGGCCGCACAAGAAAGAACUCUUGGAAAAUCUGGACCGAGUGCCGACUUAUGUUCAGCAACUACAAUUCACCGUGAAGAACCCCACCGUCGGCAAGGCCGCAACUUUCACAAAAGUCGACAACGUCAUACAAGAAACAAAAAAUCUCAUGAAUGUGAUCUCGAAAGUGGUCACAACGUGCUUCGUCUGCGCCACAAAGUACAACCUGGAUUUCCGAGGUCUGUCGGCGCGCGGGGCCGGCGGCUCGCCGUACAGGGGCGGAGAGGGCGGGGGAGACGGCGACGGUGGUGGAGUUGGUGCCGACGGCAGCAAGGCGGGCUCCGCCCCCGGCAGCGACCCGUCCGUCUGACAGUUUGGGAUGGCCCGACGGGCCAAGGGGGACGCUCGCCGCACCCGGGUUUCCUUUCUACUUUUCUAGGGAGAACCUCGCCUGCCCCAUCACCAUUUCCUUCCAACGGGAACAACGUACACGUCGACCGGAAGUCGCGGGAUUCACCCGACUGCUGGGCAAGUCGGCCGAGUCCUGCGACGGCCGCGCGUAUACGGUACGCGAAUGUGGUAUUCGGAGGUGCCUCGCCUGGUUAGUAACACGUUCACCACCACUUUUGGCGACGUGUUGCGCGUAGCAACGAUAUUCGGAAUCUGCGGGUGAAGAGAGUAGCGCUUCUCCGGGCGCCGUGAUGAUUUCUUACUUGACAAGAGUGUGAAUUUAAGGCUUUCGCGACUGUCGAUGUGAAAGGAGAGCAAUUGCGAGAAUGUUAAGGAUGUAUUGGCAGUACAAUAUUAACUUAAAAUUGUUGAAAGUAGAAUAUUUUUUAUUCCCUCUUAAAACAUCAAGUAAAUUUAAUUGAUAUAUUGUGUUGUUAAAAGUUACGACAUUGUGCAAACUAUUACGAGUUUUAAUGUUUUUAUUGAAGAAGAUAUCUGUGACUCAUAUUUAUUUUUUAAUUGAUGAUAAAAAGAAAAGAAAACACUCUCCGAAAUUAACUGCAAGAAAUAAAGUGACGAUUAAUUGCCAAAUCGCAGAUAGCAAAAUAAAUUUUUAGUAGUUUUAGGAAAUAACUUUCAAACUAGUUAGAAAAUUUAAAUAAAAUUUUGUAUGAAUAUUCGUUGAAAUUUUAAUAAUGUAUAUGAAAAAUUUGACUUGGCUGGUUUAAUCAAACUUGUCAAUAAAUAUUGCAGCACACGAUUUUCCAUAAAAACCAAUAUAAAUAUAAAAAUUAAAUAAAUUUCAAACAAGAGAAUUGUGUUUGGAUUUUGCGUAAAAAUUCAGAAUAAUCAAAUCUAUGAAAUUUUUAUGAUUUUGUCAAUGUUUUAACAUGUGGCCAAUACAUCCUUAAUUAGCAAAAGGAUCCUAGUUAAAAUGUCAGAAUCAGCUAACCAUGGUGGCAUACUCUUACAUUUCAAUCGGGAAUUACAAUUAAUCUCAGCAUUACUUAAUGGCUCAUGAUACGAAGAAAAUAAAUGUGCUUAAAAUAUCGAAACGGUUUGGUAUGCUUGGACAAUCGCUUGAGAAUGCAAUGAAGACACGCAUGGCUACGUCGACGUGUACGUUCCACUAAAUCGUUAUGUACUUUGGCUUGGUAAUAACGAGAAACAAAUUUUACCAUGUUGCUGUAGGCGAGAAGGUCGCCUCAGACGUACGUGUUUUGUUUUUCUUUUUGUUUUAUUCUAUUUUUCACUGUAAAAACAAACGAGCCUGGGAGCUCGCUUAUUUGCACGGUCGAGUUCCGCCGCGCGUGGCGAUCGAGGCGUGGCAAAGCGGAAAAUUAAGUCGAGCGCUGGCAUCACGUAGAACUGAACACAAGAGUGGCAAAUGAAAUAUGCGUCUCUGUAUGAUUUGCAAAAUGAUCUUUUCUAAUCAUUGACAGUACCAGUGACGAAUCCGUAAAAAUAGCAUUGAAUAGCAAAACAAAGGAGCUGCUUUUUACGAGCAAUAAAAUUAAUUUUCGCGCCUGUAAUAGCUAAAUUACGUUUUCACCAUUUCAACAAUGAAAUCUUUUAAAAUGAGGUUGCGUUAAAACACCACGGCAUCAGAUUUCACUGCCACUGUGCUAAAAACGGUUUCGCUUUCAUAUUAUUACAUCUGAUUUUAACGCCAGGUUCAAGAGCAUUCCAUGACUCAACGUCGGUUUGUGCACAGCGUGAAUCACAAAAUUAAAGUCGAAUUUAUGACUGCGAAAGCUAAGUCGGAACCUGAUUUAUUUAACACGCAGUACGUUUCGUUACGACGCUAAGCUAAAGUCGCGCGGCACGUUCGUACACUUCCGAUGCGUAAGAACGUGUCUCGCGAGCCAGGAUUUCGUUUUGCUAGUCAUGCGGAAACACGACGCGAAACAUUUUUCCGUCGACGCACAGCCGUGCACAAAAAACAAAUCGUUCUUCCACAAUCGAGAAGUUGGUGCAACGACAAUAAUUAACCCGCAGAAUGUCGAUCGCAGUGCCUUUUAGGUGUGAAAACUUUGUCGAAACUUCGCCGGGGUCGACCUGAGCUUUUCCGUGUUACGCCAACUUCGGUGAACAGAUUUCGCAAAGUCGCAUUGCACUUGCACAGGAAGAUAAUCCGCGCGCGUACAGUAGUUGAAAAGAGCACUUUUCUUGAAAUAAUUUUAUACAAAGCAAAAAGAUAUUUCUCUGCAAAGUAAUAAAAAAUAUAAUGCAGAUGUCCGUCAAAAUACGUUGCUUUUAUUUGUACUAAUAAAUAUAGUGAAUAAAGUACACUAUAUAACGACACAUUUUUUCUCUUCGUGCAAAAUUAUUCAAAGAAACAUGGAACAUGCAAGUCUCUUUUUCUACUCACUGUACAUAUACUCGCGUAAUCGUCAAGGCGAACGUACUGUUCAUGCAAUAAGCUCGAAAGCUCUCCCGCUUGAAAGCAAGUCGACAGAAUUCUUUAAGCAGCGCCUGAAACUUCUGAAGAGCCACGCGCCAACGAACGGCUUUCCCUCUCUUACGUUGCAUCGCAACUCACCAACUAAUUAGAGAAAUUUGAACGACGGCAAUCUAAAACUCGUGCGAAACUACCAAGUGUGUAAGAGACACUUUCCCUACCUUCGUUAACGUAUUCGCCACUGUUUUUCAGAUUUCUCGCAUUGUACAGCGGAAUCUCGCUAAUUACAGAAUGUUUACAAUUAACGCAAGUAGGAUAAUGAUUACGCGAUUGAAUAUGUAAAAGAAAUGAAGUUUGAAUAUAAACCAAGAUACCGUAAUUAAUGUGCGAUCGUCGAGAUUCCACUGUACUUUCGUAUCCAAAAAUACGGUCUUUAAGCACUGACCUUGCAAUUAAGAAUCGUUUUAGACGAAAAAAAAUUACUUUUUACACAGCAAACUGCAGUAUUUACGAAAUGAUAAUGACACGUACGGCUAAUCGAGCUUCUGCAGAACUAGAAAGCACACUCGUGGGGCAGGAGAUGGUCUAUCGAGGGUGAGACCUGGGGGCGGCAGCAGGGCGGUCAGGGAUGUACUUUGUGGCAAAGACACACGUUCAGUCACCACUCGAGAUUGCACGUUGCGAGUCACAGCUUAAUUUCUCGCUCGUCACGAAACGGACUGUCCGAUUUGACGAACAUUCGUAGCCGCGCGGGAACGCGAGAAAGAAAUCUCGCUUGCGCGGAAGAAAAUCGAAGAAAAAUCCCAAAAUUAUUCAAAAGUCAUUGUCAAAUCCGACAUCUCCGACUGCGAUUGCGUGCGUAGGUUAAUAAAACUUCAUCUCGAUGCCACAAAGAGAAACGCUACGAAACAGCAAUGGUCACAGAAUAAAGAACCUUCGAGAGAAGCGAUUCGAGCCGAGGAUGCUUUAUCAAAGUAUCGAACAUAAUUUCGGAUCUAUCGAACUGAUCAUUGUGUGACGCGCGUGAAUUUAUGCGACAUGGAUAGACAGCUCUCUCAGGCACACCACGACGAUAGCACGCGCUCACGAAGAGCUCGCGAACAUUUUUUAUAUUUGCGGAGUAACCAAGCUCUUAGCACGUACGCGAAUUUCUAGCAAUAUGUAAUAAAACUUAUUCACAAAGCUGAAUUGUAAUCCGGCAAUUAGCAGCCGUCGAGUUUCCUUCGUGCGCGCCAACACUCGUGCUUUUCCGAAUCGAAAUUUUUCGCUUUCAAUCUGUAUCUUCAAAUGUUUGUGAACUUUAACGUCUAGUUUAAUACUUUGAAUACUUAAAACAACCUCUUCCGAUUUUACUUAACUUACAGUUUCUAUUCCCAAGUGGGAAAUCAUCCGUUUCUUACCUAUUUGAGACAUGAAGUAGCAGAAUUUAAUUCUCAUAUCAAUUAAACCGAUUACAAUCUCCUAGAAUCUAUUGUAAAUGUACGAAAGUUGAAAUCGAAAGUGGAAGAAAAAUUUCGACUCGGAUUUGAUCGCGAUUUCGGGCGGAAAUAAAUCUCCCGCGGCGACCACAUGCGGGAUUCACCGCGAUUAAAUGCGAUUUCACGACGAGUAGGUGCUACGUAGAAAUACUUUUCCCCUGAUUUCUCUUCGACGUGAGAUCGGCAAAAGAUUCGCGAAAGAGACACAAGGAAAUUUGUCUUUACGAGCGAUUCCUGUGGUCUUCUUUUACGGGCUAUGUAAUGUUUAAUCGCGUGUUUCGGGCGCAAUGCAAGAAAAAUGAUUGCAUCGAUGAGAUGAAAAUGUGCGAGCGAUAUCUAGUAUUAUUAAUGUUAAGGUCGUCGAUUAAUCGGUGGCGAUUGUGACGUCUGUACAUACAGCAUUAAACAUAUA